AUGCCGCACUGCAUCACCAGCAUCCAGCGGGCCAGACGAGACCACUCAAAGGGCCGUGGCACCCCUCGAUGGCUCCUUAGCGCCAUCAUAUGGGAGAUAUGGGAUUUCGUCGCACCUGCGUUGCGCACCGUCUUCCACCCUGAGACUCUGGGGGUGAUUGAUUUCCAAAGCAGCCUCGCGACCAAUUUGACCUUGUGA